AUGUGGCUGAAGGACGAUCACAUCCUGGAGCUUCUAAAAGAAUGGUGGUAUGGGGCCAAGGUCUCUGGGUCUGGGAUCUUUAAUGUUGCUAACAAACUUAAGAUUAUUAAGCAGAAUCUCAUCCAAUGGAAUAAGAAGCACUUUGGUAAUAUCUUUGACAAUAAAGCUCAAGUGGAAGCUGUGCUCGUAGAAGUCAAUGAGGAAGUAAUGAGAUUUGGGAUGGAUGAGAGUUUGUUUCUCAAAGAAAUGAAACUCCUGGUGGAUCAUGAAUCUAUUCUUACCAAAGAAGAAGUCUUUUGGAAACAAAAAUCUAGAGAGACUUGGUUGGAGGAGGGUGACAAGAAUACCAAAUUUUUCCACAAUAGUGUUAGUAUGAGAAGAGUUAGAAACCACAUCUCCAAAAUUAAGUUAAGUGAUGGCUCAGAGGUGGCUAAUCCUAAAACCAUUGUGAAAGAGGUUGUUGAUUUCUUUUCUCUUAUUCUAAACUCUGAUUGGAGCCCUCACAGCUCUGUCCAAGAUAGGUUUAUUAAUAGCAUCCCUAAGCUUCUGAAUAAGGAGAAUUCUGAUUCUCUAAUUGCCAAAUUCUCUUUAGCAAAAGUAGAGGCAGCUCUUAAGUAG